AUGAUCAGUUUGGCUUUGAUCGGCAAAUUCUUGGGAGCCAUGGUUGUUGGCCCCAUUAUUGAAAGGGUUGGCCAUCGCUCCGCGAUGAUUGUUACCUGUGUGGUUCAGAUUAUUGGUGCUGUUGUCCAGGUGACCAGCCAUUCAUCGGCUCAGUUUAUCGUGGGUCGUAUUCUGAUCUACCUUGCUGUUGGUCUUGUGGAGAAUGUUGUUCCUACGUACGAGUCUGAGAUUUGCCCGGCCGGUCUACGUGGAUUUUGCGUUGGUUCAAUUCAACUUUUCCUCACAUUUGGUUCUCUUGUUGCGGGAAUCGCAAAUGAGUAUCUGUCGAAAUGGACUACCGAUGGAGGUUGGAUGAUAGCAACUGGUGUCCAAGGCCUCCCAGCCGUGAUUAUUCUUCUUGGACUUCCUUUCACACCGAAUUCGCCCCGCUGGCUGAUUUCCAAGAACAAACGAUCUGAGGCAUUGGAGGCACUUCGUCUGAUUCGAAACAAAGAAGCCAACGAGAGUGGUCUUUGCGAACUUGAGAUUGUUGCUUUGGAGAACUCAGACAACCGAAGCGAAAAGGCACCAUGGUCCGCGCUCUUUAGUCGUGCCAACAGAAGACGUACAUGGAUUGCUCUAGCAAUUAUGGCUCUCCAACAGCUUACUGGUGUGACGUUCAGCAGUUCUUACGGACCUACCUUUUACAAGAAGGUUGGAUUGGGAGAUAAGGCUUUCACAUACGCGGCUAUCAAUAACGGUGUUUCUGUCGUCACCGCCAUGAUUGGAAUGGCUCUCUUUGAUACAUUCGGAAGACGCGAUCUUACAUUCCACGGAUGUUGGGUCCAAACAGUUUUCCUCUGCCUUAUCGGAGGUCUUGGCUCGAAAACACACCGCACCACCGGCGAUACCAAUGGAAUGGUCGCCUCGUUCAUUUUAUACGCCGCCGUUCUCCAUGCUACAUUGGGCCCGGCUGCAUAUAUCACUGCCGCAGAGGUUGGCACUGCCACUCUUCGAGAAAAGACCAUGGCUAUCUCGACAGCCUUUAAUGUUGUUGUUGGAUUCGUCGUUGUGUACACUACCCCUUAUCUCCUGUCAACUCCCGGCGCAAAUCUUGGUGCUAAACUUGGCUAUGUAUGGGGUGGAUUUGCUGGGGUGGGUGCUAUUUGGGUAUGGUUCUUUAUGCCAGAGCUCAAGGGCAGGAGUCUGGAGGAAGUCGAUGAGUUGUUUGAAGCAAAGCUGCCUGCGUGGAGAUCUAGCAAGUUUAUUAGCACGCGCUUGGGUGAUGCCGACGCUAUCGAGAAGCAGCGGGCUACGGAGGUUGAACAAGUGGAAGACGUUGAGAAGCUGGAAUAG